UCCUGCAAACUUGUAAAAAACUCACCAAACGAGGAAAGCCAGAGAGAGAGAGAGAGAGAGAGAAUAAUAAAAAUGGCGUCACACAGUUGCUACAAUGGAAUCCAUCGUAUAAAAAGGGUUCAUCCUCUGAUUCACUCUUUCACAUUUCAUCGAUUCUCCUCAUCUUCUCUUCCAUUCAUAUCCAAACCUCAAGCUCGCAUUCUCCCAUCACAACAACAGCUUCGUAUUCGCUCAUCUUCUUCGUCUUCUGGCAUUGUUCGUCUUCUCGAGGAUUUCAGUUUUGUUCAUAUAAGAGACGCGAAGCAGCCUCGCCGUUCAAGAGGAGGUACAGAGAAAACGAAGAAGAAGAUAUGACGAUUAAACCGGCGGUUCGAAUUUCGGAUGGGAAUCUAAUCAUCAAGAACCGGACGAUUUUAACCGGUUUAUCAGAUAAUGUCAUCACGACGUCUGCAUCGGAGGCUGGACCGGUCGAAGGAGUCUUCGUCGGAGCUGUAUUCGACAAGGAAGACAGUAAACACAUAGUAUCGAUCGGUACGCUUCGUAAUUCCCGGUUUAUGUCUUGUUUUCGGUUUAAGCUCUGGUGGAUGGCCCAGAAAAUGGGCGAGAUGGGCCGGGAUAUUCCCUACGAGACGCAGUUCUUAUUGGUCGAGAGCAACGAUGGGUCCCACCUUGAACCUGACGGAUCUAACCAGAAAGUUUACACCGUCUUCUUGCCGUUAAUCGAAGGAUCUUUCCGUUCGUGUCUCCAAGGAAACGUUAACGAUGAGGUUGAGCUCUGUUUGGAGAGUGGUGACGUCGACACUAAACGGUCGUCGUUUACUCACUCUCUUUAUAUUCACGCCGGUACAGAUCCGUUUCAGACGAUAACGGACGCUAUUCGUACCGUUAAGUUGCAUCUGAAUAGUUUCCGUCAACGUCACGAAAAGAAACUUCCAGGGAUCGUUGACUACUUCGGGUGGUGCACUUGGGACGCGUUUUAUCAAGAAGUGACCCAAGAAGGUGUCGAAGCUGGUCUUGAGUCUCUCUCCGCCGGUGGUACGCCGCCGAAGUUUGUCAUUAUCGACGACGGUUGGCAAUCCGUUGAGAGGGAUGACACGGUGGAGACCGGAGAUGAGAAGAAAGAGCAGGCGGUUUCUCGAUUGACGGGGAUUAAGGAGAAUGAAAAGUUUAAGAACAAGGAUGAUCCAAACGUUGGGAUUAAGAACAUUGUCAAGAUUGCUAAGGAGAAACACGGUUUGAAAUACGUUUACGUGUGGCACGCGAUAACGGGUUAUUGGGGCGGAGUUAGACCCGGGGGAGAAUACGGAUCUGUGAUGAAGUAUCCUAAUAUGUCAAAGGGUGUGGUGGAGAAUGAUCCAACGUGGAAGACGGAUAUAAUGGCGCUGCAAGGGUUGGGUUUGGUUAGCCCCAAGAAAGUGUAUAAGUUCUACAAUGAGCUUCAUAGUUACUUGGCUGAUGCUGGUGUGGACGGUGUGAAAGUGGAUGUGCAGUGUAUAUUGGAGACUUUGGGUGGUGGUUUAGGCGGUCGGGUUGAGUUAACUCGUCAGUUUCAUCAAGCUCUUGACUCCUCUGUUGCAAAGAACUUCCCUGACAAUGGCUGCAUUGCUUGUAUGAGCCACAAUACAGAUGCUCUCUACUGCUCGAAGCAAGCAGCUGUGAUUAGAGCAUCAGAUGAUUUCUACCCACGCGAUCCCGUGUCUCACACCAUCCAUAUAGCUUCGGUUGCAUACAACAGUGUGUUCUUGGGAGAGUUUAUGCAGCCUGAUUGGGACAUGUUCCAUUCCUUGCACCCUGCGGCAGAGUACCAUGCCUCUGCGAGGGCCAUCAGUGGUGGGCCUCUCUAUGUUAGUGAUGCUCCUGGAAAGCACAACUUUGAGCUUCUAAGAAAGCUUGUUUUGCCUGAUGGAUCCAUUCUUCGUGCUCGAUUGCCUGGUAGACCAACUCGCGAUUGUUUGUUCGCAGAUCCUGCCCGUGAUGGUGUCAGCUUGCUAAAGAUAUGGAACAUGAACAAGUACACUGGAGUUCUUGGCGUGUAUAACUGCCAAGGAGCAGCUUGGAGCAGCACAGAAAGAAAAAACAUCUUCCACCAGACAAAAACUGAUAGCCUCACUGGCUCCAUUUGUGGUCGUGAUGUGCAUUUAAUAUCCGAGGCCUCUACUGAUCCACGGACCUGGAAUGGAGACUGUGCUGUUUACUCCCAGAGCAGAGGCGAACUUAUCAUUAUGCCAUACAAUGUGUCUCUUCCAAUCUCACUCAAAAUCCGUGAGCACGAGAUCUUCACCGUGAGUCCCAUUAAGCAUCUGGCUACUGAUGGUAUCUCAUUUGCUCCGCUCGGUCUUGUAAACAUGUACAAUUCGGGAGGAGCUAUCGAAGGACUUAAAUAUGAAGCCGAGAAGAUGAAAGUGGUAAUGGAAGUUAAAGGGUGUGGCAAAUUCGGAUCUUACUCUUCUGUGAAGCCUAAGAGGUGCGUCGUUGAGUCAAAUGAGAUUGCAUUCGAGUACGAUUCCUCCUCUGGAUUGGUCACCUUUGAGUUGGACAAAAUGCCUGUAGAGACCAAACGAUUACAUCUGAUCGAAGUUGAGUUAUGAAGAGUGAUUCAUACAAUUCAUUGAACAAAAACAGUUAUAAAUAGUCUUUAUUACAUGUAAACCUUUGGUUACCAUUGUAGCUACUUUCAAUGUUAUACUACUGUUCACCUCUUGUUCUAUACCAA